ACAGCAAGGUGGACCUAUUUUGCCUCAAUGGAGCUUCUUUCCACACACAAUAGAUUCAUCCCUAACUAUAAGUGUGAUGCCAAGGACAGUGUAGUCUCAGUUAUUGUGGGGCCCAAUCCCCAGUUCUGUCAAUAUGUGGCGACAGCGCUCCAUCUUUACAAGAUUCCACAGCUCAUAUAUGGAUCUGCUCCCUUGAUGGAUAAUACAGUUUGGACUGCGUUCUUUCACCAGAUGUUCCCAAGUGACCACCAUCAGAACCAAGGGAUUCUACGGUUGCUGUUGCAUUUCAACUGGACAUGGGUUGGAGUGGUUUAUGUAGAUAAUGACAGUGGUCAAAGAUUUAUACAGAACAUAGUUCCCAUGUUUUCUGAGAAUGGUGUAUGCUUUGCCUUUGUAACACCAAUAAAUAAAGAAUCUUAUUUCUUAGAAAUUUACGAUAUGGCGCUUGGCUAUCUUAAAAUAUACAAGCAGAUCAUGGAGCACACUGCCACUGUUGUGAUCAUACAUGGAGAAAACCAGGUCAUGAUUGGUUUGAGAUUAAUUACCUAUGCGCCAACUUUUUCUGCCACUCAAGCAAAGAGCAGAGUCUGGAUUCUGACAGCUCAGAUGGAAUUCACCUCAGUUCCCCCUUUAAGAGGAACAACAUUAGAUGCCUUCCAUGGCGCAAUAUUCUUUGCAGUUCCCUCAAAAGAGGUAGCAGGAUUCCAGGCAUUUCUUCAGUCAAGGAACCCUUUUUCUGAAAAAGAAGAUGGUUUGAUGAGAAUCUUUUGGGAAGAGGCAUUUGAGUGCAAGCUUCCUAGUGCCACCUCAAAGGAGAAAACUGACAAUGCUUGCACUGGGGAGGAGAAACUAGAAAACCUUCCUGGGUCUGACUUUGAAAUGGGUUUGACUAGCCAGAGCUACAGCGUCUACAAUGCUGUCUAUACUGUGGUCCAUGCUUUGCAAGCCUUGCAUUCAACUAGAUUCAUUCUCAGGGCAAUGGCUGAUAAUGGCGGGCAGAUGCUACUGACUCAACAUCUUUGGAAGCUACAUCAUUUUCUGCAAGGUGUCUCAUUCAACAACAGUGCUGGGGAAAAGGUUUCCUUCGAUAAGAAUGGGAAGAUAGAAACUGGAUUUGAUAUCAUCAACUGGAUUGCAAUCACAAAUGAUUCCUUCCGAAGAGUCAAGGUUGGAAAGGUUGACCCCAUGGUUCCCUCAGAUAAGCUGUUGGACAUUUCUGCAGCUGCUAUUACCUGGCCCCAAAUGUUCAACCAGGCACAGCCCAUUUCUCUGUGCAACGAAAGGUGUAACCCAGGCUAUAUGAAGGUUGAGAAAGAAGGGUAUCCAUUUUGCUGCUAUGACUGUCUCUCAUGUCCUGAAGGAGAGGUUUCAAUUCAGAAAGAUAUGACUGAAUGCUCUCAAUGUGCGGAAGAGCUGUUUCCAAACAGUGAGAAGACCCAAUGCAUUCAGAAACGGAUAGAUUUCUUGUCUUAUGAAGAACCUUUGGGGAUCAGCUUGGGCAUGGUUGCUCUCUCCUUUUCUUUCACCACAGCCUUGGUGCUUGGGAUCUUCUCAAAGUAUUCAGACACUCCCAUAGUCAAAGCCAACAACCGCAACCUCAGCUACACUCUCCUGAUUGCCCUCUUGCUUGCCUUCCUCUCCACUUUGCUGUUCAUUGGUCAGCCCCAGAAGGUGUCUUGUCUCCUUCGACAACCUGCUUUUGGGGUCAUCUUCUCAGUGGCCCUUUCAUGCAUAUUGGCCAAAACCAUGACUGUUGUUUUAGCUUUCCUGGCCACCCAGCCAGGGUCCAGCAUGAGGAAAUGGGUGGGGAGGAGACUUGCCUGGUCUAUUGUCAUUUCGUGUUCUCUGCUUCAAACCACUCUUUGCACUGUGUGGCUGACAACCUCUCCCCCAUUCCCAGAUAUUGACAGGCACUCCAUGAAGGGAGAAAUUGUCCUGGAAUGUAAUGAAGGUUCAGCUAUCAUGCUUUACUGUGUCUUGGGCUUCAUGGGCCUGCUAGCCAUUGUCAGCUUCACUGUUGCUUUCUUAGCCAGGAAGUUGCCUAGCAGUUUCAAUGAGGCCAAACUGAUCACCUUCAGCAUGUUGGUCUUCUGCAGUGUUUGGUUGUCCUUUGUUCCAUCCUAUUUGAGCACCAAGGGGAAAUACAUGGUGGCUGUGGAGGUCUUCUCCAUCUUAGCCUCCUGUGGUGGUUUACUGAGCUUCCUUUUUAUCCCCAAAUGCUUUAUUAUUUUGGUAUUCCCUGAAUUAAAUAAGCCAGAACAGAUAAUAAGAAGGGGAAUAGACUCAAAGAUCAUAUAA